UCGCUCACCCGCUCGCUGGAGCAGGACAGCCGGUCGAGGCCUUACCGAGCCCGCGGUGCGGCGCCCGUAGAGCCGGCGCCUGGGAGAUGCGACGCGAAGACCCCGCCACAGCGCAGGCAGUGGCCCCGCUGCGCCCGCGAGAGGCUGGCCCGAGCAGGCUGGUUCUUCCCAGUAAUCUUUUCUGAGUGUCUUUAAUCUGAGCUCCAAGGGUUUCCCAGUGGGAACAGUACUGCAAGAAGAGCUCUGGAGUAUUCUUGGAGAGGAAGUCCAUGGGGACUGUACCUGACCCUCUGGGACCAGCCAAACCUUUCCUGCUUGCACCUGCUGGAAAAGAGGACCCUCCGGGAGAGCUGCAGACUGCCUCCGCUCGGCUGCAACCACCUCUGCUGUGCAAGAAUGCCAAUGGCCUCUCUGGUGCCCCCACAGAAGCAAGCCUUAACCCCAGUCCAGCUGCCAAGGCCCUGAUGCAGACCUGUGAGCAUGAGACCACCCAACCAGCUAUGUCUUCUCCUGGCAUUCUGAAGGAAGUGGAGAGAGUAUCUCCCACACCAAACUCCUCUGACCAAGCCCAGCUACCAGGCAAUAGUGAGCUGGCAGCACCAGCACUGAGUUCUGCAAACAGAUGUGAGGACCCUAUACACACACCGUGUGUGAUCCCAGUCAAUCAGCCUAACCAUGCCCCAACCCCUGGUGAUCAUCCCAGUGCCAGCCCUUCCCCUGGAGGUGAAAACCCUCUGGUAAGAUCCCAGAGAACCUCACAGGGAGAGCAACCCGAGAAGUCAAGUUGUCCCGUAAGGCGCACCUGUGACAGCAGCCAUGAUCAAGAGUCCUGUGAUUUUCCCUCCCAAGGAGCAAUCCAGGAAAGGGUGCAGAUGCCAGAAACAGCAGUCAGGGAGUCCAGUAUUUCACCUCCUCUUGCAGGUGGACCUGAAGCCAGCUGUGACUCUACGACAAGGUCCUACACACAUCCCCCAAGAGAAGAUGAAGGUGCCAAGGAGAGACAGCCAUCUGCCACUGCCUCAGACAUGCCAGGUGUACCUUCUGUAGUAUCUGCACCAUCCCAUCUCCCAAGCAACGGCUCCACGUGUUCUGCAGCUUCAGAGACGGUGCUACUGCCCACACAGCAGCAGGCAUCGAGGUAUAAAGAAGCCAGUACGAUGACCAGCCAUGCUGAAAGUGAGCUCAAGGAAGUCCCUGGCAGAACUCGGCAAGAUGCCGAGGUGCAGGCAGUGGCAAAUGUGGAGAGCAGAUCAGUCUCCACCAGCCCCAGCAUCCUAAUGGCAUUCUUAAGAGAAAUCCCUCCGGAGUGUUUGGAACAACAAGAGCAGCUGCGUGUCAUUUGUCAUGGCCAUGGCAAUGGGAGCCCCCGGUUGGAGCUCUCUGACCCUUUAUUAGGCUCCCAGCAGGCCGGUCAAUACCCUGGCAUCAUGCCGCAGGUGCACAUCCAGACAGCUGCAGUUGUUUCUUCAGCAUUCCAAGGAGAACAUAAACCAGCCAGCUCACCUGGUGAGGUUCUUAAAAUCUCUUCGAUCAAUGUGGCCUCUAGUCAUGCCCAGGGUGUGUGUGAAGAAGACAAGGAGUCAACAGAAAAAAGUACAGAAAGGGAACAGUCAACCUCAAAUCUGGUUUCAGGUUUCAAUUCUGGCUCCACAAAGGCUCCAGUCAACCAGAGUUCUCUCCACGCAGUCAACCAAGCAGAAGCAAGUCCUGGAUGCUGGGAUUCUGCCAGCAAGCUGCCAGAGCACGUAGGGAAACUCAAAGAUGGCCACAAAGCAAGCUCAGACUGCACACUCACCCCAUCUUGUGACCCUGUCAACAAAGCUGACCAGUCCAGCAGCCCGGAUCCCAACCAUCAAAAAAGUACAAAGAAGACUGCAUCUCCCCAGGUGGUAAGAGAACAAGAUACUGAUACCCUUGAUGCCAAAACUCAAACUCUGUUACUCAAUCCUAAAAGCCAAGAAAGUGGAGGCACAUGUUCACCUGCUACUCCCACACCAUCCCCAGUUAGAAAGAACCAGGAGAUCACCUUAGAGGAAAACCGACAGACCAAGACAGCCACCAGCCUGAGCCUGCCGUGUGAUGCCAUCGGGGACUCCAGCCCCGGCUCUGGCAAGAGGACCCCUUCUCGCUCCGUCAAGGCCAGCCCACGCCGGGGCAGCAGAGUCAGUGAGUUCCUAAAGGAGCAGAAGCUGAACGUGACGGCAGCCGCUGCGCAGGUGGGAUUCACCCCAGGCGAGAAGAAGAAGCAACUUGGCGCGGACUCCAAGCCCCAUCUGAAACAGUCCAAGCGUGUCCGGGACGUCAUGUGGGACGAGCAGGGAAUGACCUGGGAGGUGUACGGUGCUUCCCUGGACCCCGAGUCCUUGGGAAUCGCCAUCCAGAACCAUUUGCAAAGACAAAUCAGGGAACACGAGAAAUUAAUCAAAACUCAAAGUGGUCAGUCCCGGAGAUCCAUUUCCUCAGAUACGUCUUCAAAUAAGAAGCUCAAAGGAAGGCAGCACAGUGUUUUCCAGUCUAUGCUGCAGAACUUUCGACGUCCCAACUGCUGUGUGCGCCCUGCGCCUUCUUCUGUGCUAGAUUGAAAGGGAGCCCCUGUGGAGUGCGUGUAGACAACUGGCCUGCCGUCUCAGGGUGUGGCUGUCAGUGUCAGCGCUGACUUUGUAGGGUGUUCUGGGUUUUUUGUUUUUUUGCUUUUGGAAAGACCAGAAAGGAAGAAAAA